UACAACGUUGUCGAGCAAGACCUAAGAUGCUCUCUCGAGAUUCCCACUUGUUACAGUCUUGAAGAUACACCAAUUUUUCUGUCUCUCAGAUUUUGGGUUUGUAUGAGGAGAUAAUGUUGUAAAAAUGGUUUCUCUAUCCAUCGUCUCUUGUCAUCUUCUUCUUCCACCGACUCCCAAAAUCUCAACCUUUGUCUCCUUUUUCAAUGGCGAACCUACCCGUCUCUCUUUAUCUAAAUACUCGUCUCCUCCUCGAACUCUCUGCAACUGUUCCGUCAACAGCUCCCCCGGUCCUCUUCCUUCCGGCGAUAACGCUUCGAGUAACUUUUGCAUCAUUGAAGGACCAGAGACUGUUCAGGAUUUUGUCCAGAUGCAGCUCCAAGAAAUUCAAGAUAACAUUAGGAGUAGACGCAAUAAGAUCUUUCUCCUCAUGGAAGAGGUAAGGAGAUUACGGGUACAGCAACGAAUCAAGAGUGUGGAAGUUAUUCAGCAACGAAUGAAGAGUGCAGAAGUUAUCAGUGAGAGUGGCGAGGAGGCAAAUGAGAUGCCUGACAUGCCAUCAUCUAUUCCUUUUUUUCCCCGUGUGACACCAAAGACUCUGAAGCAGCUCUACUUGACAAGCUUAUCACUCAUAUCUGGGAUAAUUAUGUUUGGUGGACUUAUUGCACCUACACUGGAAUUAAAAUUAGGCAUAGGAGGCACCUCAUACAAAGAUUUCAUAGUCAACAUGCAUUUACCACUGCAAUUGAGCCAGGUCGAUCCCAUUGUAGCCUCCUUCUCAGGUGGUGCAGUUGGUGUCAUUUCAGCUUUGAUGUUGAUUGAGGUUAACAACGUUGAACAACAAGAGAAGAAACGGUGCAGAUACUGUCAUGGGAGUGGAUACUUGUCGUGUGCCCGGUGUUCUGCAAGUGGCAUGUGCUUGAGCAUUGAUCCCAUCUCAUUAUCCAGUGUUUCUGAGAGCCCUUUACGAGUUCCCACAACUCGAAGGUGCCCAAACUGCUCAGGUGCAGGAAAGGUAAUGUGCCCGACAUGCCUCUGUACGGGGAUGGUGAUGGCUAGCGAACAUGACCCACGAAUUGAGCCAUUUGAUUGAUGAAGAUCGAUAUCUUUCACCAUAUAUAUUGGGAUGCUCUUGACUUUAAAGUUUGAGAAACAGUAUGGGGAACCAAUACUUACUUUGCCAUUUGCACGGUUCUAAUCAAUCCAGUGGUUCUUGUCUGAGUUAUCUAUUUUUCGAGAUUUUAUAGGGUAAUUAUAAUAGGUCAAGAUAGUAAAUUAUGGAAGAUGAGGAUGUUUGCAACAUUUGUGAAAGUGAAUAAUUUUAUGGGAAAUACCAGGACUCCUGGUUUUGUCUU